ACAUCACUACGAGUGUUCACAUAAAGCUUUACAAAGACCCUAAAGUCAACAAAUGCAGACUAGUUCCAGCUAAAAACUUUGAAAACAUGAACUUUCAGCGAAGAUACUUAAUAAAAUUCUGUGCUGUGCUUGUAUGCAUUAUUUCUCACGAAAACUGUGACGCCCGUGUCCAAAUGCACCAACAUUCAGCAGAAGUGGAUAAUUUGUUUAACGAAAUUGAUCUAGAAAAAGUCGACCAGCUGAUGACACCGAAGAACCAAACGCUAAUCGUGCGCCUGCCACUCAACACUUUGCUAAAAUAUACGGAUUAUAAGGACAUUUCUAUAUUGCAUUUUAAGGUACCCGAUGAUACACGUACUGCCUUCUUCGGAUUCAAGGCAUAUGAGGAAGGGAAGAGCACAUUUCACCGUGAAUGCAAACCUCGAAGUGUGGAUUUACACCUGAAAUCCGGAAGUUUUCCCGUAAUUAGCCCAGAAAACAUAACAUUUCCGAAAAAUUAUUUGUCGGACGAUCAGAGAUCUAAAAUAUACAGUUUGAAGCUCCAGUCUAAUGAAGAACAGCAACAUAUUUUAAUAGAAGGUCCACUGUUGGGUGAUUGGUUCGCAAUUGCGUUUAUUAGUUGGACGGAUCCAAAAAAUGACCGUAUUGAACAGCAAGGUUUGACUUCAUCGUGUGAUACUCUGCUAUUUGCCGAAAUGUCCGUCUUGAGAUGUCAACCGUCUAUUCUAUGUGCUGGUCUGUCACAGUCUGGUGUCUUAAGUACCUGUGAUGACUUUUCCGGAAAUAAUGUUAAUUUGGAUUAUGGAAGAAAUAUUGACAAUGAUCAAAGCAAUAUGGAAAAAAGAAACGAAUUUAUUUAUAAGUUUUAUGUACCUUCAAAUAUCGGUGCUGCAAUUGCACUUAUUUCAAUAGAUAAAGCAUGUAAGGAUUGCCCUGAUAUGGUGUUCCGAAUUCAAUCAAAGGCUUUUCCAAAACCAGUUAACGGACAUUACAGCUCUGAUGAACAAAACUCCAUCCACAGCCUUCAUAUAAUAAAAUCGAACCAAACUGGAAACAUUUCAUUCGAGUUUUACGUGCAGGAGGAAGCUUGGCAUUAUGUGCAUGUGGAAUUUUUCAGAGUAAAGAAAAUGCAAUCAGCAUGUAGUCAACACCACUCUUUGAUAAAUACGCCUCCAAUACUCUAUGUACCUGAAAGAAACUGGAGAAUACCGGAAACAGAACCUGUCGGUCAAAUAAUUACCAGAAUUCGUGCAGAAGAUCCAGAAAAUGAUGAUCUUGUUUUCGGCCUUGAACCACAUUUUACUUCCAAUUUUGACAACAAUAAUAAUAAGGAAAAUUUACCCUUCCGCAUAGAUUCGGUUAGAGGAAUAGUUUACCUGAACGAAAGCCUGGUUGGACGAGGUGGUGAAAACUUUUUUCUAUACAUCACGGUUUCCGAUGGAGACUUAACUGCUAAGAAUGAGGUUUUUGUUAAUAUCCUCGUUAAGGAGAACGAAAACUCAUCAAAAUUGCGCACGCCACCAUCAGUCACGAAUGUUUUGCAAAAUAUUUCUCAAAUCUUACCACCUUUUGACACCUUACCUGGAGUACAGUCAGAAAGAAAGAAAUUUUCUACAGAACGUCCAACUAAUCGCCUCAAAUUAGCCCCACUAAAUAACAACAACAAAAAGAAUUUUGCCAGCAGAAUGACAACUAUAAAAUAUGAUUAUGUUAAUAAAUACAACGACUCAGUAUUACAUUUCAAUAAAAUGCUAAAUGAUACUGCAGCCAAUGAUGACACCACGAAGAAAGAAGAUAAUAAAUUGUCAUACGAUAACACUUCGAGUACAAAUUAUUCUACAAAAGCAAUAGUGCUUCUUGUUAUAUUUAUUUCUUCAGGAAUUCUUUUUGUGGCUGUAGUUGUAUUUGGUUUUCUAUAUCGGAAACAUUUGUGCGCCAUUAGUAAAAAGUUGAAAAAAGUAUCCAAAGAGGAAAUGACUAAGAAAUCCAAUCAAAGCAACCUCAGUAUCAAUUUAACUGAUAAUAGCAGAAAUUCAAUGGUAAUGCGACAUUGGAAUGGGCCUACUGCAUACAACAACCGUUACGUACCAUGGGAGAGAGACCUUCAACAAAAUAGUUUGGCAACAUACCAACAGUCGUCAAAUGUUAUUAACGGAAGUAUACACGAUGACAAUACUAAUGUUACAACUAACUUUGGUGGAUUACAAAAUACUACAGAAAAUAUUGGUCAUUCGAUAAAUGAAAUGGUCUCCCAUAAUACAAAUGAUAACUCUAAAUAUAAUAAUAAUGACAAAUGUAAUUGGGAAUUCCCGCGACACCGACUUAAAUUCUUUAAUAUUUUGGGCGAAGGUGCUUUUGGUCAAGUUUGGCGUUGUGAAGCAAACGACAUUGAUAGUGCAGAAGGGGUAACUACUGUGGCUGUUAAAACUUUAAAAGAAAAUGCUACUGAAAGUGAAAAAAGAGAUCUGAUGAGUGAACUUGAAGUAAUGAAGUCCCUUGAUCCUCAUAUCAAUGUUGUCCGUCUACUUGCGUGCUGCACCGACAAAGACCCAAUAUUUGUAAUUAUUGAAUUUGUGAAUCGGGGAAAAUUACAAACUUACCUUAGAAAUUCCCGUGCAGAAAUGCAUUAUGGGAAUACUCAUGGAAAAUCUAAAACUCUAACUUCAGGUGAUUUAACGUCGUUUAUGUACCAAGUCGCUAAAGGCAUGGAUUAUCUAACAUCGCGAGGGAUAAUUCAUAGAGAUUUGGCAGCAAGAAAUAUUUUGAUUACCGAAGAACACACUUGUAAAGUUGCGGAUUUUGGAUUUGCUCGCGACGUUAUAACUUCCAAAAUUUAUGAAAGAAAAAGUGAAGGAAAACUGCCAAUACGCUAUUGGGAUAGUGAAUGAUGCAAAAACUUGUGCAACAAUUUAAUCUUUAGCAACUUCGGUGCUGUGAACACAAACAUACAUGGACGAUAUAUUAUAUUAUGAUACAAGCAAAAACGAUUAUGAAAGAUUUCGUGGAUGAGCGAGUAAAACCCAUCCAUUUAACAAAAUUUGCUCAAAUUGUUAAUACUUUACGUACCAAGGUUAACGUCAUUUUAUGGGAGUUGCAACAGUCCGAUUUCGCCCAUCUGCAAUAACAACUCUGUUAUGGAGCCAAGGGAUAUGUGUACAAAGUUUGAGUAAAAUUUUAUUUCUACUCAAGUUAUCGUUUGCAUGGCGGACAGACGGACGUUCCACUUUGGUAUACAUGCAUAUAUAACCCAAUCGUUAUGUGAAGGAAACUAUAACACUCUGUGAAAGGUGUUGCAGGAGUAUUAAAAAGCAAUCAGACUCCCCAUAAAUAAGACAAUUGGAAAUUAAAUUUAAAAGUAAUAAAUAAAUGAAAAACUAGUAAAAAAAAGAAAACUAAAGAAGAACAAUAUGUAUUUGCACGGACAAUAACAAUGUUUAAAAGGAUUGUAAUAUAUUAUGUACAACAAUAUCUACAAUUAAAUUGAAACGACAAUAAUCAAAAUUAAAUAAUAGCACAUUUUAAUUGAAAACAAGUAAGGAAAGGCUAAGUUCGGGUGCAACCGAACAUUUUAUACUCUCGCAAUUUAUUGCUAUAUUUUUAUUAAGAUAAGAUUUUUGAAAAUCCUAUUAUUAGAUAUAUGAGAGCUAGGGGAAGUUAUGGCCCGAUUUUAACCAUUUCUGGUACAGAGACACUAUUAGAAGAAAACGAUUUCCUCUGAAUUAAAUUGAGAUAUCUGAGAGAUUUACCGAUAUUUUUGGUGAAAAAUUACCAUAAGGCACUAAGUUCUUCAUAUUCGAUAUCCGGGGCAUUGAAAAUAUAUAGACCGAUUUCGAAAAUUUUUUCACAAAUGAUGACACGGAUCAUAUACAGUAUUUGUGUAAAGUUUUAUUUCGCAUCUUCAUUGGUUCCUUAUGUAUAUCUUAUAAAGUGAAGGAAUCAGAUGAACUCCAACUUGAGUUAUGUGGGAAGUUGUCGUGGUUGUGAACCUAUUUCACCCAUUUUCCACACGUGUCAGCAGGGUGUCAAGAAAAUAUUAUAAAUAUUAUAUACCGAAUUUCAUUGAAAUAUGUCGAGCAGUUCCUGAGAUAUGGUUUUUGAGCCAUAAGUGGACGAUGCCACUCCCAUUUUCCAUUUUGUAAAAAAAGUGCAGCUUUUUUCUGCCAUUUCUUCUGUAAAAUUUAGUGUUUCAGACGUUUUUUGUUAGUGAGUUAACGCACUUUUAGUAAUUUGCAACCUAACCUUUGUAUGGGAGGUGGGCGUGGUUAUUAUCCGAUUUCUUUCAUAUUUGGACUGUAUUAAGAAGUGGCUAAAAGAAACGACUGCAGAAAGUUUGGUUUAUAUAGCUUUAUUGGUUUGCGAGAUAUAUACAAAUAACCGUUUUGGGGGCGGGGCCACGCCCACUUAACCAAAAAAAUUACAUCCAAAUAUGCCCCUUACUAGUGCGAUCCUUUAUUCCAAAUUUUACUUCUAUAACUUUAUUUAUGGCUUAGUUAUGUCACUUUAUGUGUUUUCGUCAUUUUGUGAGUGUGGCAGUGGUCCGAUUUUAUUCAUUUUUGAAAGCAACCCUCCCACGGUCCCAAGGAACAUGUGUGCCAAGUUUCGUCAAGAUAUCUCAAUUUUGAUUCAAGUUAUCCGUUGCACGGACGGACAGACAGACUAAACGGAUUUUGACUCGUCUAGUGGCCCUGAUCAUUUUGAGAUAUAUAACCCUAUAUCUAACUCGUGUAGUUUUAUGACUUUUAUGAAUAGAAAUGAAAUAAGUACAUUUUCACAUAAUAUGAAAUUUAAAUUUAAAAUAAUGAUUACCAAAAUGUUUGUCUAUUUCAAAGAUGGAUGGCUAUAGAAUCUCUUUAUGACAACAUUUUUUCCGCGAAA